AUGGAUAAAAGUCCGAAUAUUUGCGGAGAUGAACUUUCUGGUGGUGACGAAACAAAAACUGAUUCAAUGACGGGUACAGAUUUUGAAACGCCAUUUGUUAAAAAAUUCCCUUGUUUACCCGGUGAAGAAAAUUUACCUUGUGUUGAAAAUGAUUAUAGCCGUGCAAAAGCCUUUUUAAUGAGGCAAUGUAUGAACAACGGGGACAAUUUGUGGGAUCAUUUAAAUGAAGUUUUGAAAAAAAUUUUAAUCGAAAGACCAAAGAACAUUGGUUGUACAUUCGAAGAAUUUAGUUAUCGAGUGAGAGAAGAGAGAUUUAAAUCGAAAACUGAUCAUCUUCUAGAUGUUUAUGUUCCACCCAAUUAUUAUGAAUAUUGUCAAAAAUUAAUGCAAUUAUUUCAAUCAGUGGCAAUCAAUGUGGCAUCAGAGAUGGCAACAGAAGAAGGCGAAGAAGAAGAGAAAGCUUCACAAAAUUUAAAAGAAAUGUUUUACUAUUUUGAACAAGGUGGAAUAUCAUUAUCGAGAGAAGAAAUUUUCUGCAUAGGAAUUCAUCUUAAAAAAUUAAUGGCAAGUCAACCGAUUGAAAAGUAUAGAUUUUGGGGUAAAAUACUUGGUACGAAGAAAAAUUAUUAUAUCGCAGAAACUGAAGUUAGUGAGGAAGAAAUAUUAAGAAUGAAUGCGGAACACGAAGUACAAGAAGAAAAAGAAAAAUUGGAAAAAUUAGAAAGGGAAACUGCCAAGUUGGAAGAGUUAAAAUUAAAAGAAGAAGCUGAAAUGGAAGAAGCGAGAGAAAUGGAAAAACAAUACGCGGCGAAAAGAACCGAUGCAAAAUACGCGGAAUUGAUAAAAGCAGCACAAGAAAAAGGUCUUAAAGAAAUGCCGGAAAGGGUUGAAUUAGAACCGUGGGCUCCUCUUCCUCCCCUACCAAGAUCGACCCCUCCAAAAAUAAUAGAGAUUCCAGUUGAACCACCGGGAACUGGAGUUAAUAAAAAGGUUUUUUAUGUUUGCAAUGGCAUUAAUGAAGAAUGGGUAAAACUUCCAGAUGCCACUCCUCAACAAAUUGUUGUUUCCAGGAAAAUCAAAAGAGCUUUUACAGGAGACCUGGAAUCUGAGGUUAACACGUUUCCAUCGUUUCCCGGAAAAGAGAAAAAUUUAUUAAGGGCUCAAAUUGCUAGGAUAUCCGCUGCAACACAAAUUUCACCUCUGGGUUAUUACACAUUUAACGAAGAGGAUGAAGAAGAGGCAGAAGUGGAAAUAGAGGAAGGUAAAACAAAUUAUGCGAAAAAUCCCGAUUACGAACCCGUCGCCAUAAGAGACUUGAUUGAUCCGAGCAUGUCUUUUUGGGUACAUCACACGGAUUAUAUAUUGCCACAAGGAAGAACAACAUGGUGGAAUCCGUCGGGUAAAGGAGAGGGAGAAGAAGGAGAAGAAGAAGAAGCCGAAGAUGAAGAAGAAGAAAUUGUGGAAAAAGAAACAGGACCGGAAUUGUUGACUCCAUUGUCAGAGGAUUCAGUUUUGGAUUCGAUAAAUCCAUGGAGCGCAAGAAAAACAUCCGGUUUGUUUCCAGAACAUUCGAUUGCGGUCGUACGUUCGAAUUUAUGGCCUGGAGCUUAUGCCUUCGCUACCGAGAAAAAAUAUGGUAACGUUUACAUCGGAGACGGUCAAAAAUUCACAGCGAGAAAUCACACUCCCGAACCGUAUCGAGAAAUCCAAGAAGAAUAUCCUCUGGGUCCGGAAAUAAUGGAAAUGGCGGAUCCGACACCUCAAGAAGAAGAAGAAUGGAGACGUGCUCACGAACCGAAAAGAGUGUCCGACGAAGAAGGUGGUUUCGAAGAAGAGGAAGAAGAAGAAGAAGAAGAUGACAACGAAGAGGAGGAGGAAGAGGAAGAGGAAGAAGAAUAA